AUGUGUAAUGACAACCAGACUGAAGUCACAGUGUUUAUACUUUUUGGAUUUCAAGGAUUAUAUAAAUACAAAAUUCUAUUCUUCAUCUUGUUCCUCUUCUCCUACCUUCUGGUGAUUACUGGAAAUCUAAUCCUCGUUGUUUUGGUGUCGAUGAGUGAACACCUCAAAAUUCCAAUGUUUAUCUUCCUUAGACAACUAGCAGUCGCUGAUACCCUAAUAACCACAACCAUCAUGCCAAUGAUGUUAGAUAUCAUAUUAAGGGGAAAAAAAGAAGUGUCUGUCACUGGUUGCCUCAUACAGAUGUACCUUUUUGGAAUUUUUGGAUUUGUGCAAUGUUUUCUUAUUGCUGUAAUGUCCUAUGAUAGAUGUUUGGCCAUUUGUAAUCCGAUGCGUUACAAUUCCAUAAUGUCACCCGAUGUUUGCCGGAGGAUGAUUGCUGGUUCCUGGUUAUUGGUCUUCAUGUUAUCAUCUGAAUUAAUUGUGGUUUGCCAGUUGCAAUUCUGUGGUCUAAACUUCUUCUGUGACUUUGGCCCAAUUGUAGAAUUAUCCACAUCAGACACUUCCAUGUUGUUACUGGUUGAUUUGAUCUUGUCCUUUGUUGUGGUUUUUAUUCCAUUUUCAUUAAUUAUCAUAACCUAUUUGAUCAUUUUCUACACCAUAAGUAAGAUUUCUCUCAACAAUACAAGGAAAAAAGCCUUCUCCACAUGCAGCUCCCACCUUGCUACUGUAUGCACAUAUUAUGGAACCCUAAGCACAGUUUACAUGACAUCAACUGAUGAGCGCUCGUUUAUCACAAACAAGUUUUGUUCUCUAUUAUAUAUAGUGGUGACUCCCAUGAUGAAUCCCAUCAUCUACAGCCUCAGGAACCAUGAAAUUAGAAAGACUCUGCAAAAAGUAAUAAAUAUUUAA